ACCAGGACCAAGAGAAUCGGACAAGAUGGCUGCCCUGACUAUAGACCCGGUGGAGCAGCCUCGGAUGUACCAACAGACCCUGCUUCAGGACGGACUGUGUGACCUCUUAGAGAAUGACAAGUUUGUGGACUGUGUUCUCAAAAUCCAGGACAAGGAAUAUCCCUGCCAUCGCUUGGUUCUGGCAGCCAGCAGCCCCUUCUUCAAGGCCAUGUUUCUGUCUGACCUGGAGGAGAGCAAGAAGAGGGAGAUUGUCCUGAAAGAUGUAGAACCAGGAGUAAUGGGGAUGAUCCUGCGCUACUUGUACACAUCUGACAUUAGUCUAACAGAGCAGAAUGUGCAGGAUAUAUUCAUGGUUGCUAACAUGUACCAGAUCCCCUCCAUCUUCUCCGUGUGCGUGUCCUACCUCCAGGAGAAGCUUGUUCUGGGGAACUGCUUGGCGAUCUUCAGAUUGGGACUCCUUCUGGACUGUCCCCGGCUCACUCUGCCUGCUCGGGAGUUCAUCUGCGAACGCUACCAGGUUGUCGCCAGGGACCAGGACUUCCUGCAGCUGGGCCCAAGCGAGCUGGCCAUCAUCAUCACCUCAGACGCCCUCAACGUGGAACGAGAGGAGCAGGUGUUUGAGACCGUGAUGGAUUGGGUCAAACACGACGAGACAAACCGAGUCAAAGAACUGCCUGAGCUGCUGCAUUGCGUACGCUUCAGACUCAUACCUCUGGAUUACUUCAAAGAGAAAGUAGAGCGUCAUCAGUAUAUACAGUUCAGCCAGGAGCUCAAGAAGGACCUUGAACUCGUCAAGGAUGCCUACAAAGGGCGUCUCCCGAAGCCAAGGAAGCAGAGCAGUGACAGGGCUAAAGGGGGGGAAGGAAGUGAAGAGGAAGACGAGGACGAGGAAGAGGAGAAGGAGGAGGAGGAAGGGUACCUGCCGGGGAUACUCAACAACAACCCUCGCUUUGGGAUGUUUGAAUUAGACUUAAUACUGAUGAUUAGUGACACGGGGACUGUGGCCUAUGACCCAGUCGGGAAUGAAUGCUUUGUGGUAUCAGAGUCGACAGAAAUCCCCAAGAACCACUGCAGCCUGUCGACCGAGCAGAACCAGGUGUUUGUUGUUGGAGGACUUCUCUUCAACGAGGAGGACAAAGAUGAACCCUUCACCUCUUACUUCCUACAGUUUGACCCGGUGAGUUCGGAAUGGUUGGGGAUGCCGUCACAGCCGAGCCCUCGCUGUCUGUUUGGGCUGACUGAAGCUGAAAACUCUAUCUUUGUUGUUGGAGGAAAGGAGCUGAAGGAUGGGGAGCACGUCCUGGACUCAGUUAUGAUCUACGACAGACAGUCAUUCAAAUGGGGAGAGUCGGACCCUUUGCCUUAUGAAGUUUACGGACAUGGAACCGUAUCACACAAAGGUCUAAUCUAUGUCAUUGGAGGAAAGUCUAAAAGCAAGAAAUGCAUGAAGAGAAUGUGUGUCUACAACCCAACUAAGUUUGAGUGGAAGGACCUUGCUCCUCUGAAGACGGCUCGCUCUCUGUUUGGGAUCACGGUCCACGACGAUCAGAUCUUUGUGAUGACGGGGGUCACAGACUCCGGCCUCACCAGCUCUGUGGAGGUUUAUGACAUCGCCACCAACAAGUGGUCUGAGUUCACAGAGUUCCCUCAGGAGCGCAGUUCCCUCAGUCUGAUCUCGAUGGGAGGUUUUCUGUACGCUCUGGGGGGUUUUGCCAUGAUGCCCAGUGAGACCAGCGAGAAGCCGGUCCCCACAGAGAUGACCGACAUCUGGAGGUAUGAUGAAUCAGAGAAGAGCUGGAACGGGAUUUUGCGAGAGAUAAGCUACGCAGAGGGAUCCACUAUCCUGCCAGUGCGCCUCAACACUCUGCGUCUCACCAAGUUAUAACUGAACUGUUGGUGCUGUACACCCAAUGUUGUCACAUGAGCAAGAACAUGAGGGUACUCAUUUUGGACAUUGGCACAAACAUUGGCUUUAGGUGCAAAAAAUGUUUCAGGGCAACAACUAUAUGUGUGAGGAAGAGAAAGCGUUUCAAGUUGUUGUUUCUUAUAUUUACAGCAGGGGGAGACAUAUACGUGCUGAGUAUGUAGGAGAGGUGACUGUAUCCAGUUUGAA